UAUACCUCUCUUAAGGAGUAUGGGUAUGUUAUUAACCCUCUUUAGUAACCAGAGUUACAAGCUAUUCUCUAUUCUUAGCUGAAUGAGCAAGCAAUGCAAUUCACACUAAUCUCAUCAUCUUCCCCAAUUUCCCUCUUUUUUCCAAUGACAACCCACAUUUUCAAUUUUCCAGAUAAACCACUCAUUAUAGUUUUACAUCAAUGUCCAAAUUCAAACAUCAUCAUUUAAAUUCUCUCACUUUCUUCAAUCUUUUCUUAAUCUUUUCUUCUAUUCUUUCUCCUUCCUUUUCUUUCCCUUUCGCUUCGUCUUCUCAUCUUCAUAGACGUGAUCCUCUGCAACAUUUUGAGUUCUAUAAUGGAGGUUUCAAUCUACAAAACAAACAUUACUGGGCUUCAGCAGUGUUUACUGGAGUUCAUGGAUAUGCAAUGGCUGGAGUUUGGAUGAUUUGCGGAUUGGGAUGUGGGAUUUACUUGAUGAUUACGAAGAAUGUAUUCAGUGAUUCUUCAUCAGUUAAUCAUAAAAGUUUUUAUUCGGAUUUCACGUAUUAUUUGGUGUUCUUCAUGCUUCUUUUGUUCUCACUUAUUGCCAUUGUGGCCACAGGUUUGGUGAUUGCAGAAAACCACAAGACGUUUGAAGCAGCAAAGAAAGUGAAAGAAACAUUAGUAGGAGCAGGUAAUGAGGCUCGCAGAACAAUCCACAAAAUUAACAAAGCAGUCAGUUCCAUACAAUCUCUUCUAUGUCCGUAUGAUCAACCCACUUGCCUUCUACUCAACUCCACUGCCCAACAGCUUGGAACUCAAUCUUACAACAUCAAAAAAUUCAUCAUCAACAAUGACCAUUCUAUUGAUCAAGCUCUUCGGGCUCUGGAUAUAACAAACCUUGUAGUCGUGGCCGUGAACCUCUUGUUUUUGGUUUCUGGCUUAGUUUUAAUCUUCCUAUAUUGGCACCCAGGAAUUUUCUUUAUUAUAUUUGUAUGGUGGAUACUAACAAUGACAUGUUGGUUUCUUACUGGCAUUGAUUAUUUCAUUCACAAUUUUGCAGAAGAUACAUGCACAGCACUUGAAGAAUUCCACCACAACCCUCAGAAUAGCAGUUUGAGCUCAUUACUGCCCUGUGCACAUGCCCUUAAAUCACAGAAUUUUGUCAUGGCAAUUGCCCAAACUGUCCAUGAUUUUAUAACUCAGUUGAAUUUAAACAUGAAUAGUAUUAUGCCAAAACAACUUGGGUUAGAUGGAACAAAUUAUGAAAAAGUAAUUGGAACUAGAAAGAUAUGUGAUCCUUUUGCUGGUCCACCUGACUACCAAUUUCAAACUGGGAAAUGUCCAAAGAAAGCCAUUCCUAUUCGUGAUUUGCCUGAUAUUCUUGCAAAAUUUACUUGUGAAAGUGAAAGUUCCAUGGAGUCAUGUAAUGAAAGUGGAAAAUUCCUUCCAAAACCAACUUACUUGAUGGCAUAUGCUUAUAUUCGAUCAAUUCAAUACUUGACUAAUGUCUAUCCUGAUUUGGAAGACCUAAUUCAUUGCUCAUUUCUCAAAAAUACAAUUUCUGAUGUAGUUUUGCACCAAUGCAAACCAUUUAAGGCCACUACAUAUGUGUUAUGGGCAUCCAUACUUUGUCUUUCAAUAAGCAUGCUACUAUUGGUCUUACUUUUGGUGGCUAAAGCUUACCAACAUCAUGGAAGAUUCUUAAUUAAGUCACCCAUUACACCAACAUAUGGACAACCCUAAGGGUUUUAAGUAAAUAUUCAACGCAUAAAUAUGGUAUAUAUAAGAAUAGAUAGAUUGAGUUUUCUAACAUAAUAGUAAUUACAAAUGGUUAAUCGAUAUUUUUCAUUAAUUAUAAUACAAUUAUUGGUUGUAAAUAUGCAAAUGACAUUAGUUGGAAAAAGGGAGAGAGGGUUUACAUUGCAAAUGUAUAUAAAGUAUUAUGUGGCUUUUAGAUAAUUGAAUUUUUCAGAUAAUUGUCUGA